AUGCAUCGAACAGAGCCAGAGGGUACAAGGCGCGAGUCGCACCGCAUUGCCGAAGGCCCGGACCUCGAGAAUGUGAAAAGAGCUGACUCCUUUGCAAGGACUCUCUCGAACCCCAAUACCUCUGAAGAAGCCAAGCAGCACGCGCGAGAAGCCCUCGAGAAUGAAUUCCAAGACGCACCACAUGUCAGCGAUGAGGGUGGAAAGGACCCCGCGACCGUCGCCCGGGACCUGAAAGCGUAA